GAGUCGUUGCGGCCUGCACAGGCUGCCCGACGCCGUAUAAAAGGGCCGGGCGCCGUGCGGCUGCGACACUCGGUACCACGAAAUCUGUCUCGCGGUCGUUGCGGGCCGCACCGGCUGCCCGACGCUGGAUAAAAGAUGGACAAGACGAUGGUCGAGGUCGAGCGCGACGCCCCAGGCAAGGCCUGCCCGGCCUGCGGCGCGGGGCGCGUCGACGACGUCGGCCCCUGCGCGGCCUGCGGCCGGCGCACGGCCGACCCACACAUCGCGCGGCGGCCCGUCAAAAAGGAGCGGCGCACGGCGCGGGCCGAGGACGUGCUCGACCUCGCGUCGAAGUACGCGCGGACGCACCGCGACGCGCUGACGCGGGGCGAAGCGUUACGGUUUCUGGGGGACCACGUCGCGGAGCUGCCGAACGUUUCGUUGCUCCGCCGGGGCGCUGCGUACGCGCUGGCGGCGUCAAGGGCAGCUCCUGCUGAAUUCUACGGCGGCGACGGCACGCCACAAAUUGCAAAGGGCGAGGCCGUGCCCGAGUGCCUCGCGCGGACCGUUCGAAGACUGUGCGACGGCGGGCAUAUUCUGAGAGGCAAAGCAAACAUCUGGACCGAGGCCAACCAGAGCCUGGGCGCCUCGUUGCAAUGGCUGGCUUCAUAUGAUACCGCUUCAGUGGGAGACGACCGCGGCCGGUACCCGCUCGACACCCUAUUGAAGCUCUGGGCCUGCCUGCCCGAGGCCGUGGCGCGCGAGGCGACGAAGAACGCCAUCGACGACUGCCACGAGGCCGUGCGAAAGCUUCACAAGCAACGCAACGACCUCGAGGGCGCGCUCGCGGGCGCGUUCGGCGACAAGGGCGACGCGGCGGCCGACGUCGGCGCCCUCGAGGCGUGCCUGGCCCAGGCCGAGGCGCUGGCCGACGAGCUCAGUAAAGAGGACCCGAAGAAGGGGGUCUACAGAAAGCGCCUGGACGACCUCGCGCAGCACCGGCGCGCCGCGGCCGCCGCGGCCGCGGCCUGCGAGGACGCGCUCGGGGACGCCGGCGACGCGCUCGCGCGAUAUAAACAUCCAACGGACGCCGCGCUCGACCGGUGGACGGCGCACCGCGCCGCCGAGAAGCGGCUGCGGGCCUGCGGCGCGCGGCGGCGGGCGUUAGGAGAGAGGGCGCGGGCCCUGCACGCCCGGGCGAAGGAGCCGGAGCGGCGCGGACUUGAUAUCGACGCACUGACGCGGCGCGUCCUCGACGGCGUCGGCGCCUACGACGCCAUGGCGGCGUCGCCGCGGCUCGACGUCGUCAGUUUGAUCCGGCGUAUUAGGGAAGGCGAGGCGCAGCUGCCGCCGGCGCCGGCGGAACCGGUGGAACCGGUGGAGCCGGAGGCGACGCAAACGCCGCGCGACCCGCGACUCUACGACUACGCGGCGGCGCGCGUCGCGUGCGAGGAGGCCGACGCCGCUUUGGCCGCGCGGACGGCGAAGACCGCGCGGCAGCGGCUACGUAUAAUGCGCGCGGCGGCCCUGGCCGGCGCGCUGCCCGCGACCGUCGACCCGGACGCGGCGGCGACGGUCGCGCAUCUGUCGGACCGCCUCGCGGGCCGCCGCCGCGUGGCCGAGCGGCCCUGGGAGCAAUGGGCCGCGCGCGCGCCGCCGCUCGACGCCGCGGCGCUGGCGCAGCUCCGGCGCGCGCACGACGACCCUGGCGCGGACGUCGCGGCCUCGGUCGUCGAGGCCGUCGCGGGCGGCGCCUGGCGCGCGGCGCUCGGGGACGCCAGGGACGCCGAGGCCCCGGGGCCGGCGCCCGCCGCCUUCGAGGCGCCGCCGCUGCCGCCGGCCGCCGCCGCCGCGGCCAUCUACGUCCUCGCCGGCGGCAGCCCGGCCCCGGCCGACGUGCUCUUCGCCGCGCGGCGGCCGCGGCCGCGGCGCCGCCGCGCCGCCGCGCUCCCGCCGCGCGGCAAGAUCGUCGCGCCGGCCGUCGCCACGGGCGUCUCUGAUUUACUCGCCGGUGCCCGCGCGCGCGCCGCGCUGUGUCGCGCGGAAGCGGCGGUGCCUGAGCGGGUCGAUGCGACGCUCCCGGAGGCCGCCGCGCCGCCGCCGGCCGAGGCCCCGGGCCCCGCGCCCGCGCCGCUGGCGCGCGGGACGCGGGUGAGAUACAAAGACGGCACGCUCGGCUCAAUUGCAAAGUGCCACCACGACGACUUCCCGCCGUACUACGACGUCGCCCUCGCGGGCGGCCGCGUCGUCCAGUGCGAGCGCGGGUCCCUGGAGCUGGUCGACCGGCGGGCCGCCGUCGAAGCGAAACUGCGGCGCCGCGCGCCGAAGGAGAUCCGGCCCGCGCUCGGCGCCGAGACCGUCGCCGCCGCGGGCGAGGCGCUGGACGCGCUCCCGAGCACGGCGGUGGCCGCGGCGCUGGAGCCGCGGGGCCGCAGCGCGCUGGCGAUCGCCGCGGCGCGGAACGACGCGAACCUCGUCACGGCGCUCCGGGACCGCGGCGCCCCGCCUGGACGGCGCGACUUCGCCGGCCGGACGGCGGCGGACGCCGCGCCGUCGACGCGCGUCGCGCGGGCCGUCCGCUUCGGCGCCGGCGAGGAUGCCGCGCCGGCGCUGGAUUUUAAGAGAGGAAGCGGCCCCGUGCGGCCCGUCGACUGGGACGUCUACGUCGCGGGCGCCGCGCGGACGCGGACCGCCAGAGGGUACGACCUGGGCGCGCGCGAAAUUGUAUUUGAUGACGGCGAGGCGGUGCCCGUCGAAGACUGCGAACUGCGAGCUGCUGUGUGGAAAUCAACCGCCACGGCGAUGUCGCGAAGGCCGUGAAGUUUUGUUUCUGCGCAGGCGAGCCGGGCGCUCGGCCCUGGACGUGUACGAGCCGCUCCGCGCGCAACUCCAAAAUCAGCGCGUGUCGUCGGUCGCGGGCGCGCUGGUCGACGAGCUCGCGGAGGAGUUCGUGCUGGGGUUCCGGGACCAGGGCAGAGAACUCGAGCGCGAGGCGGCGCAAGCUGAGCGCUGCGCGAUGAGCGCCGAAGAACGGGCCACGCGGACUUUUCUGGCGGCCGAGGCGCGAGCGGCGCGCUUAGAACAAUUGCGUUUGAAUGUGCUUGCUCAGGAGACGAAUUUUGGGCUCCUCUCGCCGGGGCCUCGUGCGCAUCCGGCCCCGGCACCGGCGCCCACCGUCUACGAGACACCGGCACCCGAAGACACGGUUGCGGGCCUCGAGAGGCGUGUCGCCGCCCUGGAGUCCGAUGGUCGGGUGAUCGCGAACCUCGAGGAGCGCAUUGCGGCGAUGGAGGAGUCAGACGACGAGGCGCCGGUGCUCGCGGCGGGCCACGAACCGGUCGAACUCGCCCACGAGGAGGAAUCGGACCCCUUCGGGAAGCUACAACGUCGCGGCGACGCUCUCGGCGAGGAGGAACCGGACCCGGCGACCGGGCCCAAGCAGAUUUUCGCCGCCGGCGAGCAGGCGACGGGGCCGAAACGCCUCGGCGAGGACGACGGGGACGCUACCUUCGCGCCUGGUGCACGUGUCAUUUACAAGGACGGCAGUUCGGGCGUGGUCCAGAAGGCCCACCACGACGACCCCGAGGGAGGCGUCUACUACACCGUCGAUUUGGGCCCUGGACGCGUCAUCAAUGCCUUGCACAAGUCGCUUCGGCCUCAAGAUGCCGAGCAGGCGACGGGGGCGGACGAGGACGCCGCCGCGACCACGCCGCGGCCCCACGACGCCGACGCGACCCUCGACGCGCGCUUCGCGAAGCGAGAGGCGAAGGUGCGGGCGUCCUUCCUCGAGGCGACCGGAUCGCUUCGAGAUUACGAGCACGCGGGCCCCGACGAGGCACCGGACCGCACAGAACGCCAGCGCAUACGCGCGCGCAAGCGCCGGCUCAAGAGGAAUCGACGCCGGGCCGGCAUCGCGGCCGCCGAGGCGCUGGCUCGAGCGCCGCUGCCCGCGGCCGAAGCGCCGGCUCCUGCCUACGCCGAGGCGCCCGCUCCUGCAUAUAUCACGACGACGCCGCCGGCGAGCCCCGAGCGGCCGCCGAAGGACCCGGCCUUCACGCCGACGCGCGAACGAUGGUACAAACGGCGCGUCGCCGGCGUGCCGCAGAGUCCCGAUACACCUCCGGCGAAACCACGUUCAGGACUGUGGGGGUUACUGUCGCGAUCGGUACGGAAGAAGAAAGUAAGUGA